AUCUGGACCUGCUUAAUCUGUGGGAAGUCAGUGAGGGAGAGGACAACAUUGAGAGAACAUUUGCGGAUUCACAGCGGAGAGAAACCUCACCUCUGCAGUAUCUGUGGACAGAGUUUCCGCCACGGCAGCUCUUAUAGGCUUCAUCUUCGAGUCCACCACGACGACAAGCGCUACGAGUGUGACGAAUGCGGAAAGACGUUCAUACGCCACGACCAUCUGACCAAACACCAGAAAAUACACUCGGGGGAGAAAGCCCACCAGUGUGAGGAGUGUGGGAAGUGUUUCAGACGUCAUGAUCACCUGACCGUCCAUUACAAAAGUGUCCACCUGGGAGAGAAGGUGUGGCAAAAGUAUAAAACAGCUGUGCAUCAGUGUGAGGUCUGUAAGAAGGAGUUCAAAGGGAAGUCCAGUCUGGAGAUGCACUUCAGAACACACUCAGGUGAAAAACCUUACCGAUGCCCCGUGUGCCAACAGACGUUCCGCAUUAAGAAGACCCUCACCAAGCACAUGGUGAUCCACUCGGAUGCCCGCCCCUUUAACUGCCCGCACUGCAGUGCCACCUUUAAGAGGAAAGACAAGCUGAAGUAUCAUAUGGACCAUGUACACGGUGCUAAGUCCACUGAGCAGCAGCAGCACCACCAGCAGCAGCACCGCCAGCAGCCUCCGGUGGUGCUGACAGAGGAUAAGAUGGUGACUCUGCCUUAUAAUACCCACGGCCCCUCCAAAGUGUACCGGGCUGAACCCAAGACCGUUCUCCAGAACGUCCCCUCCGAUGUGUGUGUGCCUGUCACGCUGGUGCCCGUCCAGAUGCCCAGGGUGGUCUCGGGGGUACAGGGUGACCUGAGGGGACACGUAACCUGCCCGCCCCAAGGUCAGGGGCAGCAGCAGACAGCUGGGGGGUACCAGACUGCCACAGAGCUGGCGUUCCUGGAGAAGUACACGCUUACCCCCCAGCCGGCCAACAUUGUUCACCCGGUGCAGCCUGACCAGAUGUUGGACCCCAGGGAUCAGUCGUACCUGGGCACCCUGCUGGGCCUGGACUCUGCCACCCCCGUCCAGAACAUCUCCAACUCGGACCACGUCGCCCAUUGAUAAUGCCUCUCUAUACUUCCCUUUUGGCAACAUUUUAUUUAAAGGGUACCGACAUAAGGACAUUAUCACACAUUUAUAACCCAUACAGUACACAUUUAUAACCCAUACAGUACACAUUUAUAACCCAUACAGUACACAUUUAUAACCCGUACGAAACUGUAUGAGCCCAUAGAGGUAACGUUUAUUUGAAGGGUACGGUUGUUAACAUAAGCAUUCACAAAAUGCUCUUGCCCUGCUUAUGCAUGGCUUAUGUAUAGUUUAUGAAUGGGUUAUGUAUAGUUUAUGAAUGGGUUAUGAAUGGGUUAUGUAUGGCUUAUGUAUGGCUUAUGUAUAGUUUAUGAAUGGGUUAUGUAUAGUUUA